AUGUCAGCAGUGGUGGUGGUGCAUGGGGGGGCGUGGGCCAUACCUGAGGACCUGGCCAAGGCCUCUGUGGAUGGAGUGAAGGCUGCAGCACGUCAAGGCUCUUCUGUGUUGAAAGGAGGAGGAAGUGCUCUCGAUGCUGUUGAGGCAGCCGUGAGGGCUAUGGAGGAUAACCCUGCGUUUAAUGCAGGGCAUGGAGCAGCGCUAAAUGCUGAUGGAGAAGUGGAGCUUGAUUCCAUUAUCAUGGAUGGAAGGACACUUGCCAGUGUUGCCGUGGCUUCAGUGAAGAACAUCGCCAAUACUGUGUCACUGGCACGGGCAGUGAUGGAAAAGGUAAAUCUCUAGCAGAUUCUUCCCAGUUGUCUCUGCAGUACAUGGGAGACCGUGUCCAUUAUGCAGGAGGCGCUAUAGUCGUUUCUCCGUCAGGACAGUGGGCAGCAACAUUUAGCACAGAGCGAAUGGCCUGGGCAGCAGUGGAUCAGGAUGUUCUGUGGUAUGGAUUAGACCCAAAGGAAACACUGAAUGAAAAGUUAG